GCCUCCACGCUGCCUCCGCCUCCGCCGGUCGCAUCAUCAUCAUCAUCACCACCAUCAUCAUCACCAUCUUCUCCUACAGAGCAGCGCGAAGCAGCAGCAGCCUCUCCCCCUUCUGACUCCAGAGCUACUCGGAACCGUAGGAGGGAAUAUUUUAUCGAUGCUGUGCACCUUAUGUGACUAUUUCCAACAAGUGCUUGAGAUAAUAACCAAAAUAUGGGAGCCUUCGGAGUGAUACUACGGAUUUUACAGUACGCGGGACUUUACGUUCAACUUAACGCAGCGCUUAUUGUCGGACAGGGAGAGGUGGAUAACCACAUCUCUGGAAAUGGUGAGUGAUUUGAUCCCUGUGUUUGAUCCAUGGCUCUAAAUAUCUCAAUGUAUAUAUUAUUACCACUUCUAUUUAAGGAGUGACUGGGUGUGGUUCGGUAAACAUUUAUUCUUUGUGACCAGGUAAUAAUUUCUAUUUGAAGAGUCUGUUGAAGUUAUUUUUUCUUCAUUCCUCUUCUAAAAAUGUGCUCACUGUCUCCACUCCUGAAGUCACUCGUGUAUAGCCAAAACACACAAUGUUUGGGAGGAUUAGUUUAAGUUGACUCUUAAACAUUACACUUAAGAGAAGUGGUUGAACAGCAUGAAAAACUUUAGAUAAACCGCAUGCUACUUCACAUGUGAGAGAAUUAUUCCCUGCCUAUUGUCCCUGCAGUAAGAUUGUUUUAUGUAGAAAAACAAGUCCUUAGCUUUAUGUAAGUUGAUUCUGGAGUAAACACUGUCUGUGAUUUAAUACAGUAAUAACAGGCUCUCAUGGACAUAGUGGGUGAGUGUUAGACUGGCCCACUAACUAUAAAAUAAUAAUUGUGAUCAUAAUAAAUUGUAGAGUUUUUCCUGCUUUAAAGGAUUAUGACGUUAUAGUGGCUACAUGAUAAAGAUAAUAAAUGCUUUUGUUUUACCUGUAUAAUUUAAGGAUGCUAUAUCCAAUAUCAUAAAGACAAGUAGCCAAUGCCAACAAAUUUACAGGUCUCCUUCUUUUUCUUGUAUAAUGCUAAAUGAAAGAAAUUUUUUCAGCUUUGCAGACCAUAUGAUUUAGGUCGGUUGAAUUUAUCAGAACAAACCUGCAGCCCAGCUUUGAUCAUGAAAUGGAAAUUCAUUAGAAACUCCCAAUGUGAACUGUAAAAGCAAAAGUGUGGCCAAGAGUCUGUGCCACCAGUGGUACAAAUGAGAGGGAAAAGAUGUGUUCCACAGUGUGCCUUUUAUCAGUGGAUGAAGGUCCGGGAUGUCCUGUUAGCACAUUGAAGCAUCUUUUAAACAGUAUUUUAAAGUGACAGCAGGAUGCCUCGACUGUAAACAAACUGUUUCACAUUAUUUCACAGGUUUAUUCAAGCUAUGGUCUGUGAUCUGAAAACCAGUUUGGCUGUUGAGACAGAUUUGAAAAAUGCAGCCUCCCCCCCUUCACUCACCCCUCCCCUCCGUGUUCCAAGAUCCCGCCCUCCCCAGCUCAUGUCGCCUCCUAACAACACGCCCCCUCCGAUAGAGCAAGAAGCCAGCCGGCAGAAAAUAUCAGCAGUGGUACACAGUGGUAGCCAUUUCAAUUGGACCAGCACAAUCGAAACCAUAUAUUAGCGGGGCAAAGCGGGUCUGGCGUCGCCACUGCUAGCCGGUCAGAGCAGAGCCGAUUGUGGGCGAGGAUUUACCUUUCUCGGCGUGUCUUCACCAGCUCAGUUUAGAAUGCUAAAGAUGCAUGGCUAACUUAUGCUAAAAUCUAUUGACAGACCCUACCCGACCAACAACGUUCAGUCAUUAGCCAGUAUAGGUACAGACUAGCCAGAGUUAUUCAGCAGACAUCGCCCACUGUAGUAAACAAAGUAAUUACAUCUUCAACAGAAAUUCGUCUGUCUCAGCGUCAGUUUUCAGUCCCCAAUCCCUCUGCAGCUUUUUCCACCAGUCGUACGUUUCUCCAAUGUAGACUCUCCGUUGGCACCUGUACCGCUCAUAUUUCUUCCUUACUUCAGCCUUUUCCUCAAAACUUUUACGUUUCUUUCCCUUUUAUGUGGAGGGUAACAGGAACGGCCUCCUAGUUUCGGUGUUUGUCUUCUCCGGCUCCAUUACGCUUCAGCAGCUGUGCAGCUCGCUGAUCACAUGUACGUGAGGGGGGUAGUGGGGAGGAGGCGGGACCAUGGGCGGGACGGUGCGGAGCAGGGGAGACAGGGGAUUGGAUGGACUCACGGACGACUUAGUCGAUACUUAUGCCUUUUUGCAGCAGAUAUACUGAAUGGAUUUUUUUUGUUCUUUUUUAUCUUUAUAUUGCGUAGAUCGGACCAUAGGACCAUAAUGGCCUUAUGAACGGUGUUAUUAAUAAGUACCAAGCUUCCAAAUGGUAGACCAUAGCUUUAAAUGCUGAUCUAUCUGGUCGAAUUAGCUUGCGGGUUUAGACAGAUAUGAACUGGUAGAAUUGCACCAAAUUAAGUCUCAAAGCACCAAAGAAACUUGCAGGUUUUCAAGUCUUCCCUUGAACCACCCACACAGUUAAUGUUAAUGUCAUGUUGGAUGUUAAAGGAAUAUUCGAGCUUAGGUUUAAGUCAUGGUCAAACACAAUGUAACACUGAGUUAGACUCUGCCACGAGAGAUAAAUUUUGCUGACCGCUUGCUUCUCUAGUUACACCAACUUCAGCAACGACCUCGCAACAGCAAUACACAGCGGUCUAUGGAUCCUCACGCAAACUGCAAACAAAAAGCCACUCAUAUUCACAAACAACAGCACCUAACUUCAUCAACAGUACAUAUAGGGUCCCAGCACGUAGUACCAGCCAUCAAACAUCUUUUUAGCUUUGCCUGAUUUCUUUGGCAAACAGACCAAACACAACUCACCCACUCUCCUCCAGCAGCCGGUUGUUUGAUGGGGAGCCCUGACGAGUCGAUCGCAGAGUGCAGUGGAGUUCUGCAGCUCAAGGAAGAAAAUGUAUGAUUAUUACUUACUGGAAAUGCAACAAGAUUUCUUGUAUAUCUUGUAUGUGCACUUCAGACAUGGUAGUUCUUGUGCCUUAGCGUCUCUGUCUGAUGACUUAAACUUACACGAGAAUAUCCCUUCACUAGAAGUUAGUGUUGUUCUCUCGCCUCAUGUCUUUUGAGCAUGUUUUCAGUCUAACAAUGAUAGCCUUCUUCAUGCUGCAUGAAUUCAGUACUUAAAACAUCUUUAUUACUGCUUCCUCAGAACAUUCAUUUAAAUGAGAAGUGCUUUAUUUUGCAAUAAAAUCUUUUCUUUUACCAGUGUCAGCCCUUUUGGACAUAAAUGACAUCUUUAACUGCUUACAAUCGUACCUUUCUGCAGCAGCUCCGCACAUAGAUUUUCUGUUAUCUAAUUAAAGUGUGUGAUAACCACUUCAUCACUGUGUCUCACCAGUCGUCCCAAGAGUUCUUUCUGCUUAGCGAGUUAGUUUUGGCUCAAUCAGUGUAAAUGAAUGCAGCGUGUGUGUAUGCAGCGGUUUCAAACAGAUUGACUGUCUUGGGCAGGUUGGAAAAUCAAUUAGUACCAUUCCUCCCAAAGGGACUUCAUUAGAAUUGGCUAUAAUCAUUGUGUCUCAGGCUGGCUGUAAAGAAGAAGAAAAGCCUCGGGGUGUUCAGUCCUAACAAGAAUGAAAACUGCCCUGGAAGAAGAACAGUGUGUUGUUUUCAAAUGUGGACCAGAAAAAAAACUAAAGACAUCUAUUCUCACUUUUUGUGCUCUUGUGGUUAAGUAAUUCUGCGGAUCCCCACCCGUUCCAUCAAGCUCUCUGAUAAAUGGCCCGUGCAGAGGGGAGCUAAGCCGUCAUGUAGAGCAGAGAGGCCAGAUGCACUGUUGUGGAGAGUGUUUGUUAGACUUAGCCCUGAAUCAUUUGUCGCAGAUAAGUGCAUCUGAUCGGUGUCUCAGCCAGCCCCUGCACCCCUGAUUCCACUUCAGCUGGAGUACAGAUUGAGUUGUAUUGGACACAUGUAGUUCUGUGAAAUGAAAAACAACCAGGUUACUCUUGCUUGUAGUUUCCCUUUAUUUUAGGACUGGUGUUGUUUCUACAUGUGUGUCCUUGUCAGUUUUUGUUAUUCCAGACAACAAAGUGAGGAUGCCACACAUGGUUCCAGGAUCAGUUCUAGCCUCCACAUUUUAUAUGGAGGACGUCAAGAUGUUAGAGCUCUCUUUGGCAGCAUUCACCUGUUAUCCAUGGCGAGUGUAGUGCCCUCACAGCAAGGGGGCAUGUACCCAUUCAUUAUUUCUCCAUUGUGUCUGAGAUCGUCUGCCAGGCCUCUGCUUGGUGUCCUCUUAAUGAGGAUGGCCAGCCCUAACAGUUUGCAUUGGCUUUCAAUUUAAUGGAGCUCUGACUGUGUUAGUGGACGUGUGUGUGUGUGAGAGAGAGGGAGAAAACAGAUUAUACAGUCAUGCUGUCACCACGGUGCAGGGUCUUGGUGAAGCCUCAGUAGGAAAGAGGAGGGGAGAGAAAGGUUGGCUCAACAGUGCUCAUCUGGAGACUGAUGACGAAAUUGGGGAUUUCAUUUUAACCUGUUUCAACCUGAAGGGACAGCUUACUGUUCCAAUGAGUCACAAAUCUCAAAUGGAAAGACAUGACACUUGUCAUGACCUUUGUGGGCCAUUUUGCAUGUAUUUGAUAGGACUGCUGAAGAGAGACAGGAAAUGUAGGGAGAAGGGAGCUGGGAUUGACAUUCAGCAAAGUGCUGACAUCAGAAUUUAACCCACUUUACCGUAAUCUGAAGUUAGACACCCCCUCGAGAGAUGAAUGUUGCCAACCGCUUGCUUCUCUAGUCAUACCAACUUUAGUAACGACCACACAAUAGCAAUACACAGCUUUUAGAACUAGCCACCAAACAUCUUCUUAACUCUGCCUAAUGUUUUUAGCAAAUAGACCAAACACAACUCACCUAAUUUCUUCCAGCAGCUGCUUGUUUGUAGCGAGACCUCGGACCAGUCCAUUAUGGAUUUCUGCGGGGUGACGCAGCUCAUGGAUGAACAUUUAUGAUAAUUUCUUCAUGGAAAUGCAAUCAGAACAAGACGCUACCGCGUCUGCAGUGCAAAAUGAUUAAUAUGAUGAAUAUUUCUUCAUAGAAAUGGCAAAGAAAUUAUCAUGAAUGUUCUUCCUUGAGCUGCGUCACCCCGCUGCAGUCGCUGAUGGACUUGUCCAAGCUCUCCCUACAAACAAGCGGCUGCUGGAAGAGAGUAGGUGAGUUGUGUUUAGUCUCUUUGCAAAAGAAAUUAGGCAAAAUUAAAAAGAUGUUUGGUGGCUAGUACUAUGGCUAGGACCCUAUAUGUACUGUUGAUGAAGUUAGGUGCUGUUCUGAAUAUUAUUUGUGGCUAUAGAGUGGCGUUCUGGUUGAAGUUUGUUUAUGACUCCUCAGACCGCUGUGUAUUGCUAUCAUGCGGUCGUUAUUUAAGUUGGUAUAACUACAAAAGCAAGCGAUCGGCAACAUUCAUUUCUCGAGGGGGUGUUAAACUCGGUGUUAUGGUGUGUUUGACCUCUAAAUUAAAAUUACGUUGCAAUGUCCCUUUAGCAUAAGGCAAAAAUAAAAGUACAUUAUUUAUCAUUUGUAUUUUUUGUCCUGGUAGCCUUCAUUGACAGGUACAUCAUGGUCAAUAAGGACAAGCUACACCUGCACCACACCCACUGGCUGAUUCAGAGAAUAGUUUUAUCAUCAGGCAGAAGUCCUUAUCGGUUGAAAAAACUAAUACGGUUUAAUGGUCAAACGGGAAAGAAAACGUUGGAAGUGUGGGAGUAUUGCUUAAACUGUAAUGUUUUAAAAAGCACUUCUUAAGAGUACAAAAAAGGUAAAAUUUUAAAUCAAAUUGUUUUAUUUAAUUGUAAAAAAAUUUUAACUUAAUCUAGCUUCAGGUUUAUUUCUUGGCCAUGCUGCAGAUUGGAUAUGUGUAUCAGCUCAGUCACUAAUGUAUUCAUCUGUCCCAGCUCACAAAACCAAACACACUGUCACUUAAAGGUUCUCAAGGGCAGCGUACAGUAACAGUACAUAAUGUCGUCUUUCAUCCUGGAGGAGUCCAGAUGGAGUACACCUUGCUUUCUUGAAAAUUGCUUGGAGACUCUGGUUGUGUUGUCAACAACACGUGCUACUUUGUGUUGCCUCACACUGAGAGGAAUCACAGAAAUAGCCUUGGAGUCUUUGGUCCCGGGGGGUGAUGAAAAAUUCACUCUGCAGGCCCUGAGUAUCGCUGGUAACAGGCGGACAGCUGCUGGCUUGAUUACCAGCUCUGUUCUUAUUUCAUUAUUCUACCUUCCACCUUGAAUGAAGGCUGAAGGUCUCCCAGCAAGCAGAUAUUUCCCCGAGGAAAAUCCUGUCUGUUUGCCCCAACACUGAUUCUGUACCACAUACAGCAUCAUUUACCUUUUUGACACACUUCCAGACUAAUUAUUUCAGCUAUCAGUAAAGUGUGUUUGUGUGCGCCAUCUGGCUAUAGGUUGUUGCUUUAGCGGUAGUUUUGCCAUUGAUUCGUCAUAGCACAAUUAGGAGGAUGGAGUGUUUUUCACUUUUUUUUGACAUUUCACUCGUCUAUCACAGCAGCUAUUUUAGCUAAACAGAUUUGAAAUUAAUAACACAGACUUAAGGUAUUUUGCUAUGAACCCACUUCCAUUAGUUUUGCUCAAAUGAUGCAAGUUCAAAAACACAUGAAUGAAAAAAGGCCAAAACAAACACAACAGCUGGAAUGCUUUACAAAUAAAAAACAUAACUACAAAAAGCUUGAGUAACAGCAAGUGCUGCAAAUGUACAGUCAAUGCAAAGCAAAAGUAUUCUUCUUAUAGACAGAAGGAUUUGCUCAAGAAACUGCUGUCAAGUUAAGCCUAGGUCAGCCCUUGAUCUCAGUUAGCCAUACAGCUAACCGCUAUACAGUGAUAUGCUUUAAGUAUGACGUUAUGAUGGUGUUUACUUAGCUGACAACCUCAUAUUUACAUUCUGGAUACAAUGUCCUGCAUCACAAAGUGACCUAGUUUAACAACAGGGAGAAAUGCUUAGGUUAUUGCAAGUCUUCAAGUUAGUUGAAUAAAGCAGGGAGCACUGUAACUGUCUCCACACACCAAGCGCGAGUAAAAUCAUUUGCACGAAUGAAUUACAUGUUGAGUCAUUGCGUAGAUGGAAGUAGACACUCCUAAGACUCUGGCGGCGCGAGUUGGGCCAGUCUCAACUUGACCGGAUAUACCACUCAGCACAAAGGUUGCUGGGUGACACAUGAAAUCAGAAGGUUGUUCACUGGUAUCUAAAAUGGAAAAACUGAUUGAGUCGGUGUGUGGAUGCCCUGAAUUAUAGGAUACCUUUUUUUUCAAUUACCGAAACUGGAAUAAGAAGGAGCUCUCCUGGAGGCAAGUGAGUGAGGAGGUCGGAUUACCUGCUACGUUGUAAAAAAGCUUUGUCUAUCACUUGAUACUGCCGGUUGAAUUGGCAGUAAUUACCGUUGAAAUUAAAGUAAAUAGUACUCAUUCAUGCAUCUAGAUUUGCGCAAAUUAAGUGAGAGGAUGAUUUUACAUGUGUUUGGUGUGAACGCCCCAUUAAAGUUGUUCAUUUGUGAAUUACUAGAAAUUGCAAAUUUUUCACUGACAUUCACUUCUGCAUGAUUUUUAAUCUUGGGUGGUUUUCCCUUUUCUUUGGUUUUGUAUUUGCUGCAUUUGGUCUGUUCUUGCUGGUAUUUUGGCUUUUUGCUCUAGUUUUUUUAUCCAUAUUAUUGCCCUAUAGUUUGUGUUUACACCUUUUGCAUGUGUUUUUGAAUUUGUAGCAUAUUUUUCUUCUGCUAACUGCAACAAAUGGUCUUUUAACCAGUGCAAACUCAAAGUUUUUAUUUGAAAUAUUUAAUUCUUACUUUUGUUGGGUAUCAGCAUGCAGAUUAAAGCUUUUAAGAUCAAGAUAAAUACCUGCAGCAGAUCUGUUUAUUACAGGAGCUUCUUGUUGUUUUAUCCACUCUUCCCCUCAGGGUUUCCCUUAUUAUUAAAGCCAUUUAUCAAGUUGGAAGAAUACCUUUUUUCCUUCAGGGAUUCUGUUUACAGACUAUUUACAUUCACCAAGAUGGAAGUAAUAGCUUUAAGCCUGAUUUUCUGUCUUUGUAUUUGCUGUGUCAGAUCCAAUGAAUCAUUACUUGUCUUUGGUGCCUUCAGGAUAUUACUUAAACGGAAGCAGUGGGUUAAUGACUGACUUUCAGGGCAGCACCAGAAGGUGAAACAUUCAAGUGAAAAAUGUUUCCACUUAACCAUGGAGAGGAUUUUCUGCAAUUAUUCAAACCACUUUGGCUUUGUUUGAAAUGCCUCUAUUUUUCUGUUCUCAUACUUAAUCUUACAUGACAAAGUAAUUCGACAACAUGAAUAAAUUUUAUCCAGACUAAUGCUGGUUUUUUUUUGUUUUCUCCAAGUAUCAAAGCACAAAAAGACCAACACCCAUUGUGUGUUACAAGAUAUAUUUUCUGCUCAAAUGGUUAUACGAAAGUUGUGCAUGAAAACAUGCGACAAACAAAAUUUUCCUCAAAACAUUUUUCCACAAGAUCUAGGUUGAAAUUGUGCCCCCACUGACCUGGACUUCUUCUAUUAUGAAGACUGGAUUUUAGUUUUGUCAGUUUGACCGGUUUGACUUUGCUGCAUUCACAAAUUUGCAACGUCUUUCUGUUAAAGCCUCCGAUCUGGCUGUUUGAUACAACAUUUUUCAUAUGCAGCUUUUUCUUCUGUUUUCAAAUUUACAUCAUUUCUGAGUCUGCAGUUAAUUUCUCCUUGUGAAAAAUUUGGGUUGGCUCAACUGGGGCACUGAUUUAUGCAGGGGUGGCAUACAGUAUAGAUGCACACAUGAACCAUAGACUCUUUAUAGACUCUUUCUGCCUCCAAUAAUCUUAUCUCCCCUGUGUACUUCAUGAAAGCAUCACACAUACACUAUGUUAUAAUCAAGCUCAUUUCUUUCAGGACUCAAAAUGAAAUUGUUUGUCUUAAGUCACAAAAUAAAGAACAAUAUACACAAGAAAUGCAAGAGAACUUUAGCACACACUCUGUCGAGAAUACAUUUUUGGGGAAAUGUUUACAUUGCCAAUAAAUGUAUUCUUGACAGACUGUGCCUGGUUUGAGUGGAAAAUUCACAGAGUACUGCUUAUGAAGAACAGUGUUUUUGGUAAAAAUGCUGUAAGACUCUGAAGAGGUCCAGAGGGAGAUGUAUUUAGAGCGGAACUGUUGUAGCUACUGAAAAAUACUGUCAUUUCAGCCUUUUUGUUGCAUGUCCGGAAAAUAGGGUGUUUGAAAAAAAACAAAAAAACAAAGUCUUAUUUCUGUUGCAGCUGGACAGAACAAACAGAAGCAUGCAGAGGUGGUAACAAGCUCACCCUGCAUGCUUCUCUCUUUCUCCUCACACACAAGAAAAAACACGGGUGUCACUGUUACUUCAUGUUCAUGCUAAUAAGGUUUCUGAAAUUUAUAAAAUCAUGUUCUUCUUGUUUUUUUACAUGUUCAUACAGCAUUUUUCUGAUGCUGCAGAACAUAUGAGAAAAGUAAGGGCGAAAUUGCAUUUCUGAGUAUUUCUGCAUUAAAAUCGCUGUGAAUCUCUGGCAGACCCAAACGGCGGGUUCAGACACAGUGAGAUUUCCUGCGUAGCAAAUCCAAGCUCCGCCCCCAGAGCCCCACUAUGCAGGCCAAACUCGGAGAAGUAGAGAGGACGAUUAUGGAACAAGUGUGUGCGUUAGCGGAUUGCAAUACUCGUAAGAAAGCUUAUUAUGAUUCUAGCUUUCAUCAUUCCCCCAAAGACAUUAGUGUCCGAGUGCUGAAUACCUCCUAUGUUACCUGCUACUUCUUCUACACUGGCAAUGUUAGGCUGCAAGCUAGCAUGAAGAGGAGUGUUCGGAGCAGGGCUGUCUCCGCACACGACUCAGAGGCGAAUUGCUGAUGAGCUCAGCUGGAGCUCUGCAGAAGGAAAGUCCAUGAAAAUAACACAAGGAAUGUGAUUUUGGCUAAAAACUUCAUAAUCACAAUUUAGAGACCACUGAUAAUACUUGAAGUAGUAAAAAAAAAACAAUCAGAGUGGGACUUUGAGCUCCUUUGACAGCGGGGAGCAGAGAGAGAGGAGGGAUUGAUUGACCCUGACAGGAUUAAACUGAACAAAAUACCUAAAAGAGGUCUGUGUUUGAAUGGAGUUGUCCAGGUGCAUUUGUUUAUAUACUUAUUCUUUCACUGUUUUGUUUUUUUUUUCAUUGUUUUUUUUAUCCUUUUUCAUUUUUAAUGAGAAUGCUGCUGCUUAUAAAUCCUUCUGGUCCCCUUUUUUUCUUCUUUGCUACAUAAGCGAUGAUAUAUCAUUUUAAAACGGCCUGUAUCAAAGUUAUAUCCUCGAACAACUGUCCCCUGCCUCUGCUAGAAGAAAGGCUCUGACAGUACAGCCUUCAUGAAAAUCUAUACCUAAGUAAACAAACCCUUACCAUGUCAGCUUUAUAGUUAUAAAUAAGAGCCGCUGUGCUCUGUGUUUAUCUGGAAGUACAUUUCCUCCUCACUUUUCUCCAAUUUUUCGAGUGCAGUCAGCUUUUGUUGAUUUAGCAUUCUACCAAGGUUAUGGGAUUGAUUUUUGGAGAAGCUGCUGGGUUUGAAGAAACAGUCAGAUGUCUGUUUUGCAGGCGUGUCAGGCUCCAGCAUUAGCACAGCACUCACAGGGAGGCAGUCUGUUUGUUAACAAGUCGUGUUUCACAAGCAGGUUAAGGAGAGCACCUGCAUAGCAAAGUGAGAGACAAUUGGACAACUGUGAGAUCAAUAGAGCCCAUAGGAAGAGGAGGAGGAAGAGAGGGAAAAGGAGUAAAGACAAGAGAGGCAGAAGGGUGUGAUGUUUGUUUGGGCAAAGCAUGAUUUGGUUGUAAUGAUUUGGGCUGUAGGGCUCCUGAAGUGUGUGAAGAAGACUUAAGUCUGUCUUUCUAUCUGUCUGUCACCUUCAACAACUCGCUCCCUUUCCAAACUGACUGUAUUAACUCGCUCUCUUCUUAUGCUCACUUUGUUCCUCUGCUUUACUAUCAUACACUCGCUCCUUCUGUUCUCCAUCCCACCAAUUAAUACUUUUUUUUUGGCAACUUCCAUCAGCUCCUGAACUUUGUUGCACAUCCCUCUGAGCUUCUGAUCAUUAUGGGCUGCAUGCAGUUAUGUGAAGGAAAGUAAGGUGUGCCAAAUAGGACAAAAAUAAUACAGCAUGACAAGAUUUGUUUCAUCUUGAUAGGGCUGUCACUGUUCCAAAUUUCCCCUUCAUGAUUAUGUGACCUUAACAUACUGUGAUAACAAUAAUUAUUGUGAUUUUAAGGGGAAAAAAAAUGCAUAAUAAAGCAACACAGCAGUCGACCAGUUGAAAGAGUGGUCAGAUGGUGUACAUUUUUAGUUGAUAAGUAACCCGAAGAACACUUUGAAUUGCCUUGUGUAUGAAUGGUGCUAUACAAAUAAACUUGCCUCGCUUGCCUUUUAUACAGUUUCACAAAACGAUAAGUGCAACUCCAUUGCUUCAAACUUCAUUUUUCGGCUACGACCACUCUGCUCUCACAAACUCUCCAUGGUGACGAUAGCGCACGCACAAUCCUUAAAGACAGCAAAGCACAGGGCACCACACACACUGCCAUACACACAGUAUCAAAGGAUGCUGCACACCUGCCAGUGCCAGCGGGCACAUCUUCUGGAGAUGUAUGGGGAGCCUCCCUGAGAGCUGGAAUGAUCUCUGUAUGCAGAGAGGCAUCAGAUGCAGACAGCAGGAGAAAUGAGAGGGAGUGAAUGAAAAGGCAGGGGAGCAGGUGAGAAAAGAGGGGAAAACAUUAGAUGAAACCUCUAAUAAGUAGAGAGUAAGAAUGGAGAGGGAAAGAAAAGAGUAAAAAUGUUGUUUUCAACAACAGGAGAAGGAGCUUAGUGAGGGGUGUUACUGAGCUGCAGUUUGAGAAAAGAGCUAAGAAAGGAUUUAACCAAAGGAGGAGAGAGAAGAGGAAAACAGAAAUAUCCUGUCUGUACAGAGUUUGAGUUCACACAUAAUGAUGUGAAACAGCUGAGAAGACUCCUGGCUUCCUUCAUCCUUUACCGUUUUACUCUAAUACUUUGUUGUUGUUAUUUUUGUUGGCUGUAAAAAAGGGCUGAUUUUAUUUUUCAAAGGCUCAUUUUUAGACAAUACAACAGAGAAACGUUUACAUCCAUACUUAAAAAAAUAAUGUCACCAAAUUUGGUCUUUGUUUGGUCGUACUAAAAUUUAAAAUUGGGAAAAAUGGUAACAUACCAGCAUUCAAAAAUGUUCUGAUCUUGAUUCCUGUGCUCAUUAUAGCUGUGCAUUUUUGUUUGUGUGUUUGUUUGUUUUUUACUUGGAUGAAUUGACCACUUUUAUUGGCCAAAUUUAUUAGCUUUGAGCUGGUAGCUAUGUAAUAGAGUCAUAGCUGGAACUGUAGGUAAAUACUGCAAAUACCAGAGGACUGAUAUCUUAAAAUAGGCUGCAUGGGGACUUUCCUGUCACAAGCAUGAUUAAGUGUAAAGAACUUUGUGUUAAAAAUGCUUCUUAAUCCCAAUUUCUCGUGGGAGUGACUAGAACUAGUCUGAAGCCUCCACAAGGUGAAGAAGUAAUAGUUUAAAAUUUCCCUGAAAUAAUACUGAUUAAAGUUAUUAGCUCGUAAAGUAUCCUCGUAAAAGUUGAUGGAUUUGUGGAAGACAUAAGAAAAAACUUGUACCGUAGCAAUUUGAAAGUUUGUCCAGCAGAGGGCACUGACAGGUUCAUCUGUUGACUCUAAAAAUCAAGGGCAUGUGUCAGGUUCAAGAUAUGUCAUGGCAACACAUCCAAGAAAGCCGUAUUUAUAUAGUUAAUGUUACUUAACUUGUGUUUUCAAGAAUGCAAUUUCUCCAUAUGAUAUCAAGAUUUUGAUAAUUUUAGCAUUAAAAUUUUAUAUUUUAUUUAUUGUUUUUUUUUUUUUUUUUUACUUUUGGUCUUUUGUGUUAAUUUCUUUAUUUAUCAAAACUCUUGAAUUAUAAAGAUUUCUUCAUCCUUAUUUCAACAUCCAGGAAAAUUCAAAGCUUAGCAGACUGGCUGAUUGAGGUCAUACAGAGCAAAAAAUCAACACAUUAUUUAUUCAAUUAACUAACUUUAUAUUUCAACAUUUUUUUAUAAUUAAAAAAAAUUGUAAGCAUUUUGUCAUGCUAACCCAUCCCUCCUUUUUGUGCUUUUUCCUGUGCAUUAGAAAAACACCUUCCAGUCUGUUUGCAGCGACAGAUGCUACCACCUGUGCUCAGUCUCAAAAAGCUUAAAUAACAAAAGAAAUAGUUUUUUUUUCCUCCUUUAAACACUCUUUAGAAAGUACAGCGACACUAACAACUACGUAGAAAAUCUAUUUUGUCCAAAAAGAAAGCGUCCUCUUUAAUCACUGCAUAUAGAUUUAUUUACUCUGUAUAUAAAAUAAACCAUACCAUUCAAGGAAGAACUGGUCUCUAAAAGCUGAACAAAGCUGCCAUGAGCUCAUUGUUGCCUUUGUGUUUUAAGGUGGAAGGUUUGGUUAAGUGUAUCCUUGUUCCUCUCAGUCUGAGGAGAAUAAGUAUAGUAGAUAAAGAUGAGUUGAAGUGAAAGAGUUCUUUUCAAGUGGCUUGAAUGUUUUUGGUUUUUUUUCUAUCUAGUGCUGUUUGAUCACACAGGACCCCCAUGUUGCCACGACAAAGUGCAUGUUUAACAGCUUCACACCUUAUAAAAAGUGGUAAACCUUUUCCAAGUUUUAGAUUUAAAUAUAGAGAUGGUUUGUCAGGGGUUCGUGUGCAAGAGGGCUUGUUUUUCUAUCAGAAGUAGAGUGUAACAAUGUUCAAGUAUCGAGUAUAUGAGAAUGGAUGACUCAGUCAGCUGUCAGGGAUGCACAAUAAAUGUUUUUGGUAACUCUUCUUCUCCUCAAGUGACUUUGGUCUAUGUUAAAAGCUGCAGGUCUCCACAGAGCUCACAGCUCUAUUUCAUCUCUUAUCACUGUGUGGGAAUGUGUGGCUUUAGUCACUCUGCUUUACAGCUCAGCUUUCCACAUUUUCUAUCAUUUUUCUAUUUACCUUCUCAUCAGUUUCUUCUCAACACACUUACCUCAGGUCACCUCUACCCUUCUCUUCUUGCCUCUGUUUUCUUGUUUUUUUUCUCUUCCUCAACCCUCUUGGCCUCCCGUAUGGCUUCAUUGCUACAGUGUGUCUGCUCCUGACAAAUGGGGCCGCUGUCUGGUUGUAAGUAGUGGAGCAACAAGGACAUACUUCUUGUGGGUCUAUUCAGUCAAAUGACACCAAAGCUCUCAGUUGUACUUUUGUUUUUCAGGGUUUUUUUUUCUAUUUAUUCCAUAACUUAAUUGGCUUUACUGCUAAAACCAUGUGACCCUGUGAGAUUUCAUGUAGAGUUUCUAACAUGAUUUCACUCUUCAUAUUUAAAAGUUGAUGACACUAAGAGAAAUGUUUAAUUUAGUUGAAUGGUAUUUGUUAUAUCUUAAUUUGUGGGACGUCCAACGUGGGAAACAAACAAGGCUUCCUGGGCCUUUCUGUCUGUGAGCCUGGAGUUUGUUGCAUGAGCAGUAACUGCUAAACUGACUUGUGUCGUGCUGCUGUUUCUUUUUUUUUUUUAUGAGAAUCUUGAGUCAUAGUGGAACUCUUUCCCUGUUGGCAUUUUCUUUUUUGCCUUGUACAUUUUGUAAUUGUAAUUAACCUUUUAUUUUUUGCCGGAAAAUUUUAUUGCCAACAUCCUAGCUUUAUAGAUAUUCCCUCUACUUACUAAAAGAAGGCCCACAACAGCUAAAAAAAAAAAAAAAAAGCACUCCUUUAAUAUUUGAUAGUCAGUGAGAUUGUAAGGGAGGAUGUGAGAGAUGGGUAUGUGAUGUAAAGAGGCAGAAAAGGAGUAAGGAGUACCUUUCUUUAAUGCUCUUAGAUAUUAUGAAUUUAAUCAAUGCACAUCUCAUCAUUUUAUUUUUACUGCACUGUUUAUUAACCGUACUAUAAUUGAAAUGCCAAUACUGUAUGAUUAUUCCCUGCAUAACAUAUAAUGAGUUUGUACACAAUGAUGAGCUUCUUGUUUCAUGACCUUAUGAAGAAGUUUGAAUUGAUUAGAUGUAUAAGGUUUAACAGUACCAAAAUGCAGAGCAUCAAGGUCUCAUUUAAAGUAAUUUCUGUAUUUAAUGAAGUUUAGGUUGCCGUUUUCCAUCACAGUACACAGUGUUGUUUUCAUUUCCAACAGUAUUUAAAGAGUAGUAUGUAUAGUAUAUAAAGUAUAUAAAGUAUGUAUGUUUUUAGAUAAAAAUUUAGGCCAUCUGUUUUAAGUGUUUAGAUAAAAAUAGAUGUUAACUUUUGAAUCACUCCCUGUCAAUAUAAACAAUCUGAUAAAUAAAAUUCCUCUGACAAGCUUUUUCUUUUUUUGGCAGUCCCUGUGGACAAAGCAGUACCUCCUAUCGUUUUGCUGAUUUUGCCAUGCACUUUUACAUCGAAAUCUCACUUUACUUAAACCCAUCAGUCAAAUGUAUUACUCAUGGAUCAUCUUGACUGUGGAAAAUGUAAAAAAAAAAAAAAGUCUGCAUUUAUGACUAUCGCUGACGCCUACUCCCCUCCAGAGGUUUCAGACAUUUAUAACAACUUUGGACAAACAGCCGAAAUUUGUACAGAGUCUAGUUUACUUUUCUGGAUAACAAAGAGGUAUCAACAACUAUUUCAGUAUCAUAACCAGUUAAAAAGUCUUCAGAGGGGCUCUAAAAAGUAACAUAUUUAACACUGAAUAUGGGAGAAAUGUGAGGUUUCCAAAAUAAAAGUCCUCACUGUUUUAAUAUUACACGAAAAUACAUUAACUUUAGUCAUGCUGUUUUUUAUUGACUGUCUUUACUUAAUUUCAUUACUGAAGGUUGCAUUUUUAAAGAGAGGGAUAUCUUUUCUAUCUUUUCUAUCAUUUUAAUACUAAAGUGAUCAAUUAACUUUAACAGUGUGUUGAAGAAAGCUAAGUGUGUGCAUUUUGUAGAUAAAGACGCUUCCUGAUCAGUUCAUGUCGUCACUUUGUUACAGCAUGCUGAGUAAAAUAUCCUGUUGCAGCAUAUGAAGUUAUUGACUGUUACUAAAAGCCCAACCAGAGAAAAUGUUGUUCUCUGAUGGAGAUAAAGUGCAAAAAGACACUUCAGCGGCAUAUUAUAUACCUUAGAAACUCUGUUAUUUCUGUAUCUCUUUAAAAGAGGUCUGUAUCCAAAUGUCUGGCGAUGUUUAAAAGAGCAGAGAAUUGCAUUUUUUUAAUUACAGAUGAUGUAUCAUAUUCAAAAAUGAACACCAAGAAACCUUUGUGAUUGUUUCAAGGUUGGAGCAGUGGUCUGUUGAGUCAAUACUUCCCUCUGAAUUUCUCUCACUGUAUUCUUCUUGGCUACCUGAGCUUUGUUACAGGCUUCACACUCUCUUGUUGCCGGAGUGAUAAGAAAUCAUGGCCUACACCAGUGAAAUACCACUGAUAGCUUGAAAUGUUGAGAAAUGUUUUAAGCGCAUAGUUUCUUCUGAACUUUCAUGUUGUUCCUCCUUCUUUUCUCUCUUUUGCAGCCCUCUUUACAGAGGUGCCGUAUGACAUGAAGACUCAGAGUGGUGAGGAUGUAGAGAUGGCUUGUUCCUUUCGUGGGGAGGGCUCAUCCUCUUACUCCCUGGAGAUCCAGUGGUGGUACAUCAAGAACCACAGUGACCAGCAAAAGAAGAUGUCCCAGAUGACUAAUACUGUAAGCUGUGAAGGAAAACAAGAUUUUUCUUGUGAAUACAGUGAUUAUCUGCAGGUUUAGGAGGAUGUCAGCUAUGUCUAGCAGGAUAGCAAAUUAGAUAGCUUAUAAGAGGUCUUAAGAAAAUUUAUGAAAGCCAGACAGUUUUCAUUCGAGGUGUCCCGAUACAACUUUUCACUUCCGAUGCAAUACUGAUAUUUUAGCCUUCAGUAAUGGCCGAUACCUAUAUUGAGCACGUUUAGCACAAACGUGCAUGACAAGUUUUGCACUCAGCUGCUACGUCUUUUUCAGACUUAAACGAAAAAUACUGUCACACGGCUGACAUCACUCCUACUCCUCACUACUUUGUUAGUACCUUACACGCCCUGCGCAGCUUAAUCAGACCAAGCUCAUGAUUAGUUUUUUUUUCGCCGAAACAGACUUCUCCCCUUGUCUGCGUAUGCAUGCAGCUGAGAAAAUCGAAUUAUUGACAUGAACGUGUCCUCCUCCCCAAAACUUGGAGGCGAUAUGGGUCUUUUCAGUGGCGCUGUUUCCGGUUGACUCCAUACAACUGUUAACAACAACAGCAGGUCCGUGCCAGACGUCAAAAGUGGCUACAACUUCUGCUGGGCAUUUCCGAGCAAGAAGAUAGAGCAUCGUACAGCGUUAUUUUUGUCGUACAUGAUGUACACACUACUUUUUCUGCAGAUGAGGUGCACGCUACUCCUCCUCUCUGGUGUUUUUGUUCCGGGGUUUCAUGAGCGUGGCGCACGCGCACAUGCAUUGUCCAAUUAUACUACGACUACACUGGUUACAUGGUAGAGAAAAUCGAAUUCCAAUCACAUAAUCUGGGUGUCUUAAUCAGAGUUCUCUGAUUUUGAUUGGAGUCGGACAAAAGUGUUAAUAUGCACUUCAGUUGUCCGGUCUUAAUCAGAGUAAGACAAUACGUCGGUUUGUGUCAGUUUCAUGUAAACGUACUGACUAUUGUUGUAAUCACGUGGGCUCUGCAUGCUGGAUAGAGGUGCUGGAGCGGAGUCUGGAAUGGACUGCUUGUAUCAGAGAUUUUAGAUGCAGGCCGAUAUAAUCUGAUAUCCGUUUUUCUGCUGAUAUUGGACAAAUAUCAAUAAUAGAUUGGGACACCCCUGGUUUUAAUACUUUUUAAACACUAUUCUCAGUUAAAGUUUAUGCUCCAUUUGAUCAUCUUUAGCACAUUACCCCACUGUUGGAAAGCCCACUCACUCACUCACUCACUCACUCACUCACUGACCUCGCUCUUAUUAUCCACAAGAAGUCAAGUGAUUGCAUUAUCAACUUAAAGUUACUGAUAAAUGUAUACUAACUGGUCAAAAGUUAAAAAAACAGACAUGAAUGAAAAUGUUAGUGAAAUAAAGUCAGCUAAAAUAAAUGACAUAAUAAUUUGAUAAGAGUUAGCUAAAGUUAUCACAAAGGUUGAAAGGUUUUAGCGCUUAAUUAAGUGUUAAAUAGCUUUAAUUAUUGGAUAAACUGUAAAGAUAGACUAACAUGCUGUAUGUGUAAAUAAAGUUAAUCUCUGUAUAUGUUUGGGUCAGCAAAAACUAGUAAUAAUCUAUGUUAUUGUGAUGCUUGGUGUUUAUGUUGCAGCUACUUUCUCAUACAUGAAAUCUGCUUUUAUUUCACCCUGCAAACCUUUUAUUCACCCCCUCAAGGUUAAACCUUUAUCUGUUAUAUAGAAUUGAAAAGUCUAUUUCCAGAGUCGCUUUCAUUUCUUGACUGAAAUGCUGCAACUGAGCUCUCCUACAUAUCAGGUGGAGGGAAAUGCAAUAUUAGCCACAGCAGAGACCCUCUGGCACAGCAACGAAGGGAUAAUUGCUGAUUAGCAUUUGCUAGCAGUGGAGGAACAGGUUGACUUUCUCCUAUCAUGGGGAAACUCAGCUCCCCUGUUGUGCCUCUAGACACCAUAAUUGGCACUGGAAAAGAAAUAGAUUUUCAAAAUCUCUGUCUGCCGCAUGCAUAAUUCAUACCUAUGCCCAACAGAAUACCUCUGUGCCUAUGCAUGCACAUUCACUCACAGGCGAGGCUUCUCGGCGGCUAAGGGUUUUGAAUUGUGUGCUCAUACUCUCACACUUAAUCAUGCAUAUUAAAGCAUAUAUACACACAGGAAAUCAUGAAGUUCAAUCAUGAAAGACAGUGGAAAUCAUAAACCACAGUGAUCAUUUGAAGCUUUAUAAUUUUGUCAAGAUAUCAAAUGUCUUUAUUGAAUCCUUCUGCUGUUAUAAGUCAUUAAAAUGAGUUAUUUUUAGAAAAAGAUGUUUUUAGAAAACUGCAGCCUUGAUCAACCUCCUGUUGCUAAGAUGCUGUAUUUCUGUGCAGGUUGUACCCCUCGAGGAAACAUCCAAAGAUGCCACCAAAAUUAGUGUGAGUUUGAUCAUGCACCAGCUGUCAUUUGAAGACAUGAACAAAGAAAAUUGAGAUAUUUUCUGUUGUGGGAAAGAAAUACAAGUUUUGCUAGAAAUAACCAAUCGUGGAAAGAUGCUAUCUUAACUUUUAACAACAUAAAAAGAAUUGCAGCUAAUAAGGAUAUAGUCUACUGUACAGAUUUGAACAGUCAUACUAAAUUACUCCUUUACACCCAUCAGGUGGUAAAAGUUGCUGGCAGCAACAUCUCCCACAAGCUUCGUCUCUCCAAUGUCAAACCAUCAGAUGAGGGCACCUACGAGUGCCGUGUCAUUGAUUUCAGUGGAACCAGAGCACAGCACCACCAUGUCCGCGCUUACCUCCAGGUGGAGCCUGAAAGGAGACAGGGGGACCUUCAGCAAAACCCCCAGCACCAAGCAGAGAGCAGGAACCUGAAGAGGAGAUCAGCUGGCAGCACCACUGACUGUAAGGACAGCUGUGUGCUUUAAAGAGGACAGUCUGCCUGUUGGUCUGCAUGUUCAUGACCCGUCUCCAUGAGGGACGCACACACACACACACACACACACCCUAACACAGAGUCUAAGAGUUAGAUUUGAAAGAUCUCUUAGUUUGUCUACCUGUAACAUUGCUGUCUGGAUGCCAAAAAGGGAGAAAUUUAUAGACAGUUCAUCUGAUUGUGUUCUUUCUUUUUGUUGCUUUGUUGAAUGUCUCUGUGUGAUUGCCUUUGGUUAACAGUAAUACAAACUUUUGUUAUUUUGUACAAGCAGGACUCACACGGAAACACAGCUUCAGCACACUCUUUUUAUUUCUGUCUUUAAAAGAAGAGGAAGGUCGGUCUUAUUUUGGAUAGCGUAUAUAUAUAUACUGGGCAAAGUUAGAGGUAUUUGUACAGAGAAAGUCGACUGUUUCCUUUGCAAUGUGUCAGUCCUUACAAAUAUGCCAAAAGCUUCAGCAUUUAAAUGUAAAUGCUUUUUUAAGGGUAAAAAGAAUGAAUCAAGUUUUUUUUUCUCACAUAUAUGUAUGUAUAUAUAUAUAUACAGUAUUUACUUUUCAAAGUGCAUUGAUCUCCAUCCAGUCCAUGUUUAACAAUGUAUUUAACUUUAUAAGAAAAUAACUGGAAUGUCUGUCAAACAAAUAUGUAUGCCUUCAUCACAUCAAGUUGAAAUAUAUAUUCUUGUGUAAAUUCUACUUUCUUACAUGAAAUUGUACUGUUAUCAUUAAAGUAGAUUUUAUUCUGAGAUAUUUAACCAAGUUAUUUAAGAGACUGCGAUAGUAUUGGAAUCUUUUCAAAUGUUUGCCAAUUUUUCUCAACCACAAUAUAAAUUUAUGAUGACCUUAACUUUGUUGAGUUUGUCAUUUCAAACCCAUGAAAACUGUUUCUUUUAAAUAUCUGCUCUGUUGAAUACAUUUAUUGAAACAGA